AAAGGGGAAAAAAAGAGUUAGGAACUGCCCUGUACUGGUGGAGAAGGCCUGGAUGCAGGUUUACCUGCAUUGUGCUAUAGAUCAAUCUAAUCGCAGUCUAUCCGGGAGCUUUUGCAUUCUACUCGGAAUCUGCAGAUGCAUGUGGACCUGCCUUUACUUUGUUUGAAGAUGUUUUUCCAACGCAACCAACGUAUAUUAAGUCCAAGAUUGUUUUGGCGAUAUAUCGUCAGAGCUCAAGACCCUCCCACCUGCUUGUUAGGGUUGUGGCCUUGUGGGUUAUAUUUCUGUGGCUUCUGGUAUUGACAAAGAUCUCAUUUAUUUUGGUGCUUAGUUCCUGCAUCUUUCAGUGAACAGGAACAUGAAUGCGGCUCGUUUGCCCCGUUACAAUGGUCCAUGGGGAAAAAAAAUCAAGGGCUUACAUGCAAUAUGGACGAUGACAAAUAAGAAGACCAGCAGCUUGACUACAGUCUUGAGACAUAAAGAUGCGGUGGGCUCAAUGUAAGCAGAGGCUGCAUACUUCUAUUUUCUGCGAAAUCCAGAUGCAGCCAACUUAAGCUGUUCUACCGUCAAGGUGUCAUGAGAUGAUCAUGUCAUGAGAGAUGAUCAGCUAUUCUCAAUCAACCAAAGCAUCGCCAAUAUACUGUGUUUCGACAAUCAACGUGCGGCUCUGCAGGCGCAGGUACAGCUAGCUAGCUCGGCGGAAAUGGCAUCCUCGUCGAGCACCAACAACUCCGCCAUCUCCACGGUGGUUGCGUCGGGGGCGGCGACGACGACGCCGGGGGCCGGAUCACCGUGCGCGGCGUGCAAGUUCCUGCGGCGGAAGUGCCUGCCGGGCUGCGUGUUCGCGCCAUACUUCCCGCCGGAGGAGCCGCAGAAGUUCGCGAACGUGCACAAGGUGUUCGGCGCCAGCAACGUCACCAAGCUUCUCAACGAGCUGCUGCCGCACCAGCGGGAGGACGCCGUGAGCUCGCUCGCCUACGAGGCGGAGGCGCGCGUCAAGGACCCCGUCUACGGCUGCGUUGGCGCCAUCUCCGUGCUCCAGCGCCAGGUCCACCGCCUCCAGAAGGAGCUCGACGCCGCGCACGCCGAGCUCCUCCGCUACGCCUGCGGCGAAGUCGGCAUCCCCACGGCGCUCCCCGUCACCGCCGCCCCGAGGCUCGCCGCGGCAAUGCCGGCCCCCGGCCAGCUCGCCGCUGUCAGCGCCGGCAUGUACGGCUCCCGGAGGCUCGGGGUCGUAGACGGCGGCGGGAUAGCGCCGCCUUCACCUCACGCCGGGUGCUACUACGCGCGGAACAACAACGCUGGAAGCAUCGGCGCUGACGUGGCGCCAGUCCUACCUUACGCUUCCGUUGCUAAUUGGACCGUGAACGCCAUUAGCACCACCACCACCAACUCAGGAUCAGAGAGCAUCGGGAUGGAUCACAAGGAAGGAGGAGACAGCAGCAUGUGAAUUGAAGCGCGGCAAAUAUGGAUUACUCUUAAGCUACUACCUCUUCAGAUGCGGAGAUCUGCUCGUUGGCCUUAAUGGGAGGAGGCUUGAGGAAGAUAGCACAGCCCAUUCAUCCCAGGUUAAUUAAGAGUUAAGAAGCAACCUAUCUAUCUAUAUAUAGCCAGCAUGAAUUAUAUAUAUCCCCAUCCCUUUUUGCAUGUUGUGCAAACCAUACUUUGGAGUUCUAUAUGUAAUCGAAUCGAGAUCUCGAUCUCUCGUCUUUUCAUGAUUAAUUCGGUUUUUCGCAGGAUCCAUCAGUCAUUAGUACGUAGCAUGCUGUGUGAUCAGAAAAUAACCAACUUUAGGCCACAUAAACAAUGCACCGAACACAUCUAUCGAUAUGUGUAAAGAUCCUGGUGCUUGCAUGCAUGCAUGAGUACCAAGCUAAGCUAACCAGUUGGGCUAAUUAAAGGCUACAUGAUCUGCAUCUUAUAUCAUAUGUCAUAGGCACCAGUGGCCUAUGCUUGCAUAUAUGCUCCACAUAUACACCAUCUUGAGAUGCUUAAUUUUCUGGGAAGGAAAGAUUAAAACAGUUGUUUAUUAAGAGCAUCUCACAUUGUUUGGUUUGCAGACAUUCUUCGCUUCCAUAUAUGUUAUAGUAAACUGUAAAGCUUUGGAGAAAAGCAGUAUUCCCGUCACUAUUCUUAUAGGCCCCAUCUUUUUAUGGAUC